GAGGGAGGCAGAUGCCGGCUCCUUCCCAACGCUCCCGCGGCCACAUAACCGCAGACUUCCCGACGGAGGUGCCGCGCAGCUCCGCCCCCUCCCCCCCAGACAGACGGACGGACGGACAGAGGGACAGAAAGUUCCUGGCAACCACGCAGCUUCCCCCCGCGUGACAGCCAAGGCGCGCAGGCGGCGGCGCGGGGUCCGAGGGGGGCCGGCGGACGGGGCUCGGCGCGGCGGGCGAUGCCUAGUGCAGAGGCGCCUCCGCGCUUUCCCCGUUAAAGGCAGGGGCACAGCCCCACUCGGGACCGGCUCCUUACGUCGGCGCGAAGCUGAGGAGCGAGCGAGCUUGCACGGGGGGAGGAGGAGGAGGGGGCUCGCCGGGUUGCCAAGCGGACUUUUGUUGCUUUCCUCCCACUUGCGAGUGACUCGAUCCCAUCUGCCGGAGCCGCCGCCUCGUUGAAAUAGGAGUCCCCCCAAAGUGGAUCAUUUCUUUUCGUCUGAUCAUUCACUCUCCAGUUCAGACUUGCAAUGAGUGGACUGAGGUCUCCUGUGCUGCUGGUGCUGGUGCUCUUAAUGUUGUCAGCAGGUUAUUGCAAAGAGAGAACUGACUCCAUAGACCUAAAAGACAGGCAAAGCCUCUUCAAUCUCAUCAUGGAGAUUAUUCAGGAACUGAAAAGGUACCACAUGGAAGAAGACAACGGGGUGCAAUACUUCUCCAACCACGAUUAUACUUUAGACCGAAGAGAAGUAGCUGAUUAUGGAGAGUACCAGGACGAGCAGAGAGCUGAAAUAGUUCCUAGAGAUUUGAGGAUGAAAGACAAGUUUUUAAAGCAUUUAACAGGUCCUCUCUAUUUUAGUCCAAAAUGCAGUAAACACUUUCAUCGGCUUUAUCACAAUACAAGAGACUGCACCAUCCCAGCUUACUAUAAAAGAUGUGCCAGGCUUCUUACUCGGUUGGCAGUAAGUCCAAUGUGCAUGGAAGGAUAAGAUAUCACCAUACAGAAAAGACACACCAAGAACCAGGAGAAGUGCCUUGGAAACCAACAGGGAAAUAGAACUUAAUACCUUUAUAACAUAUUCCAUUGUGAACAAUAGGGUUUAUUUUUGCAGAUUGACAGACUGUUUCCCAUAAUUCUUAACGUGUUUUGUAUGUUUUCAACAGUUUGCAGAUCUACAUUCUUUACAGUAGUAUAACUGCCAGUAGUACUUACUGCUCCAUACUUAAAAGUACACUCCACAUUUGAUGUGUAGUGCUGCCAAAAAUUACAUGAACAUGUACCCUUCAGCCAGAAAUUAAUGUUCUGUUGCUGAAUUCUGAAACUUGGAGGGAUGUUUGUUUAUAUACCCAGAACUCUUAAUGAAUCUACUCCACAGCAGUGGUUUUCACUUGAUAUUCUUCAUGCUUAUGCAAUUAAAAGAGAUUUUGGAUAAAACAAACAUGUUGGAGGGUCACAUUGUACCCUUGGAGUACAAGUUACAAAUUGCAUGACAAAUACAAAACACAAUUCCAAGUGAACAUGUUUUCUUGAGACAGAGGAGUGUGGAUUUUGCAUACACACACAAACAAUAUGCCAUUAGUUUUCUGUUCAAUAAAUGUGUAAACAUUCCAGCUAACGUGCAAUAUGUAAAUACUGUAAAUAACAUACAUAAGUAAUAAAGUGUUUGAUAUAUUA